GCCACUUCCUGAAAACUUAAUGGUCAAUAGUGAAUUAUGGUACAAACUCACCCAACUUCACCAAUCACCUGCUUUGUGGGUAAUUGGGCAAUUGAUGGGAUACUCAUCCAGCCUUCCCCGUCCUUCUAUCAACAAUUAGAGGAUCUUAAACGAGCGAUAGGUUUCGUACAUCCAAUUAUUGGAGUCCACAUACGACGCGGUGACAAGAUCAGAGAAGCCGAACCAAUUCCAACGUACAAAUACAUUGAACGCAUUGAUGCAUAUAUCAACCAAUUGGGUUUCAGGAUGACCAGUCACGAACUGCCAUCUAUAUUUAUCGCAUCAGACGACAGAACGCUGAUUGGUCAGAUCAAAGAACACUACACGCAGUAUAACAUAAUUUAUAUACCAAAUUACUUUUCUUCAGAUUUAGAUCUCAUAAUGCUUGAUGUUCUGCUACUGAAAGAAUGUGAUUAUUUCAUCGGGACAUUUUCAUCUAAUGUCGGUCGUCUUGUAUACGAGCUACAACAAAGCAUGUAUGCAGAUGCAAGUUGCCUGGCAGAAUCAUUAGAUAAUCGUUACACUAAUGUCUAUUGUUGUUACUUAGCCAGUAAUCAACAAGGAAUGGGGUAUUUUAAACCAAAUUGGUCGUUUGGAACUACCUUGCGACAAUAUGAUAUAAUUGAAGCAUGCAAUAAUGUGUCAAUGUUCAGUCCUUGAACGUGUUUUGAUGAAAAAAUUAAAUAUGACAUCACUCAACCUUAUAUUGACUGCAGAAUAUGCCAUAAUAACCUGCGGAAUAUGCCAUAUACUGCAGGUGGGUAUGGUAUAUUCACCCGUAUCACAAAUACCGCACAACCAUGAAUAUAUGCCAUAUUCCGCGUAACGCAUAGUUAACAUAUAGUUAUUUUGCAGUUUUUGGCAAGCAUUUCCAUAUAUACAGCAUUUGAAAUAUUCCAAUGAGGCCCUUGUAUGCAUUCAUGCAUCAAUGUACUCCAAUGGAACGUAUCAUUCCUUCUAUUAUUCAUUAUAUUCUGGUUUUGAAUGUCAAAUACAGCUCCAUGUACCGCGCGCUGGAUUAGGAUAUCAAGCGCAUUAGAAAUAAUGAUUGGCACAUGUACGUUGUUAUUGUACUCGUAUGAAAAUAAAGAUUAGAUCAAUUACAUAAAGUAAUUCAAAAAUAUACUAUCAC